AUGAUUGUGUUUAAAGAAUCAAUUAGCAAAUUAAAGAUUUCAUUUUUUAAAAUAACAAAAAUUCCUGUGACUGCAAUGUAAUUAACUCAAAUGAGUAAUGAGAUUAAAUAAAGUCAAGAUUUUUAUACAUUAGCAUUUAAUGUAACUGUGUAGAUUAAGAUUUCAGGUUAUGGAAAGAUAUAAAAUAUGGAGCUUUAAUAAUUGAGAAUUAAAGGAAAAAUAAAAAUUAUCAUUUCAUAAGUCAACAAUAAGUUGUUUAUUAUUUAUUUAGUAAAUGAUCUGAUAAUUUUAUUUCUGGAUAGUAUGAUAGCACAAUUAGAAUUUCGAAAAAGUUUAAAGGGUAAUAAUGGAAAAGUCUAUCUUCAAAUGAUGAUAAUAAUCGUAUAUUUUGUUUAAUACUUUCAAAAAAUUCUAAUAUCUGGCAGUUAAGAUCAUUUAAUUAAUUUAUGGGAUAUCGAUUUUGAAUUUAAUUGCUUAAAUUUAUGUUAUCCUUUAAUUAAACAUACAAAUUAUGUUUCUAGUUUAUUAUUAAAUUAAUCUGAGAAUUUUAGUUUCAUGGUGAAAUGA